AUGGACUUCAACAACAUUGUGAUGUCCGAGAAUGGCGAGCGACCACGACAUUACCCCGGGUUCCACCAAACAGACAUUGUACGAGCACAGUCUCUAGACAGGCUCCAGUAUCUUACAUCUCAGGAAAAGCCGUUCUUCUUGACGAUAGCCCCCACCGUUCCACAUGAAAACUACAACUUCUACGCUCCAGUCCCACUUCUACGACACAAGGGCCUCUUUCCCAACGUCACUUCUCCAAAGCCCCCCAACUGGAACCCCCCAGAUGAACUUCAAAUACAAAAGUCCAAUUGGAUGAAGAAUUUACGCCAGUUGAACGAGACAGAAAUAGCGCAAGGUGAUUGGCUAUUCCGCCAGAGAAUCGAGUCGCUUCAGGGAGUGGACGAGAUUAUUGAAGAUGUUGUGCAGUUGCUGGAGGACAAGCAACAAGUUUUCGCAAAAAGGCUGGAAGAUGAAGUUCUAACGGAAGUGACAGUCAUCUACACCACAGAUAACGGCUGGACAAUCGGAGCCAACCGUGUCGCAGCUGGUAAAGCCACUCCGUACGCAGACGACACAAACCUCCCAUUUGUUGUCCGUGGCCCUGGAGUGCCCAGCGGCGUCAAAUCUUCUCUUCCCGGAUCACAUGUUGAUCUCGCUCCAACAUUCCUCGAAAUUGCUGGAGUCAACCCCGAAGACUUUCCUCCAUUUCUCGAUGGUCGCAGUCUCUUUGACCAAUGGCUUCAGCCUGAAUCAGGCUACAAGAGCCAGAACCAAGGGGUAGGCAGGGAAUUGCUGAACGUGGAGUUCUGGGGCUCCAGAAUCAUCGAGGCACCCGCUGCGUCUGAAGUUGGAACGAUUCUGAACAACAGCUACAAGACUUUGCGGUUGGUUGGGAAUGAGUUCUCGUGGUUAUUUGUGAAGUGGUGCACCAACGAGAUGGAGCUCUACAACACUCAGGAUGACCCUUACGAACUCGUCAAUCUGAUAAACUCCACUGACACCUCAGUCCAACAACUCCUUACCCGCCUCAAUGCAAUCCUCAUGGUCACCAAGUCCUGCACCCAGGAAACCUGUCGCGACCCCUGGGCCGUCCUACAACCACCCAAUUCUUCCCAAACCACAACGCUCACAGAAGCCCUAUCUUCUGAUCAUGACGCCUUCUUCGCUUCUAUACCGCAAGUUCAAUUUAAUGAGUGCAUGCAGUACCAGUAUAUCCCCAACGAAGGCCCUUUCUACCCUUCGGGUGCGGAGGAAGGAUUGUCCAGCAAAUUCCGGCAACCAACGGAUAACUUUGUGGAGACCAGCGCAGUCAAGGUCGUCAAGCCUGAUCUCACCAAAUUCUACGGCGGACCUGAGCAGAGAAAUGUCAAAUGGGCGGAGAUACUUGCGGCUUCGAGGCCGCUGACGGAUGAGGAACUUGGGUCCAGCGUUGAUUCGAGAAGUUUCGAAGAGCGAGAUAUCCUAGAGUGGUACAACUGA